AUGACACAAGAACAACUUGAUAAAGAGAAAGAGAGGGAUGAGAAUAUUAGCAAAAUGUUGUCCUAUAUGGAGUUGCUGCAAAAACAAGUGCUAGAAAAUGUGGGUGAACUCAAAGAAGUAAAAAGAGUGUUGAGAAUUGAGGAGGCUUCUCAAUCGAGCUACUUUAAUGCGGGUGGGAAUCAAGUUGAAUACACAACUACUGUGAGGGCUGAUGGUGACAAAGAUUUGACAGUUGUGACUCGAAGUGGAAAAGUGGUAGUUGGUAAUGCAAAGGACAAUGAUGGGGUGGAAGCUCAUGAAGAAGAGAAGAUAGUGAUGAGGAAGAGAAUCACAUUCAAAUACUGGACCGAGAUACGCUCAAGGAUACACUGGAAAUUCAUAAGCAAAGUCCCAUCAAAGAGUUGCAAAAAGAUAAAGAAAAGGUUAGUGGAAGCAUUGUUGGAGAUGUCGGGUUAUCCCAAAUUAAUGAAGGAGCUAGUAACCAAAGAGAGAAGCAUGGACUUUGAGACAAUCAAAGUUUCUCAUAAUUGUAGUGCCAUUAUGACCAGUGAGAUGAUUAUAAAGAAAGACGAUCCGGGAGCAUUCACCAUCCCAUGUACCGUCGGUAUGCUUCAAUUUGCUAAAGCUUUAUGUGAUUUGGGGGCAAGUAUAAAUCUAAUGCCCUAUGCAAUCUAUAAACAACUUGGGCUGGGCGAACCAAAAUCCACAACAAUGUGGCUUCUUAUGGCGGACCAGUCGAUCAAACAUCCCAUUGGGAUACUCUAUGAUAUAUUGGUAAAGGUUGAUCGAUUCAUCUUCCCGGCUGAUUUUGUUAUUCUUGAUUGUGGGAUUGAUGCUGGAAUUCCCAUUAUUUUGGGAAGACCAUUUGUAGCAACAGGGAGAGAAUUAGUGGAUGUUGAAAAUGGAGAAUUGAAGUUUCGAGUAAACACAUAUGAGGUUACUUUUAAUGUGUGCAAAUCAAUGAAAUACCCGACCGAUAUUCAUUUGGUCUCAACAAUCAAUGUGAUUGAUUAA